AUGACGUGUCGGUCGUGGGGCCAGUAUAACUACGAGACGUUUGAUGGGCUGUACUAUCACCUUCCUGGGAGAUGUACCUACACUCUGCUGAGAGACUGUGAAGACACCAGCCAGGCCAGCAUUCUCAUACAGCAGGGACAACUGGACACCGGACCAGAGGUCUCUCUCUGUACCUCAGACGCAGCACAACCUCAACUCAAAGCUACCCGACACACAGUGGACGUGGACAACAGAGACGAGGUCAAGAUGAACCAGACCAAGGUGGUAGAAGAGGAACUGUAUAACUACUAUGACUACUCAGACUGGUACUCCAACAAUAUGGAACCCACCAGACCUCCAAAAGAAGUUAUUCUCCCAUGUGACCCCACGGCGGACGACCAGCUGUUUCACAUAUGUAUCGCUUCAGCAUCUCUCGUUGUGGUGCUGAUUCUAGCAGUCCUGAAGAGGAGAAAGACUCUAUGUGAGGGUUUCGCCAGUGGAUCAACUGGUAUCUCAAGUCCAGUGAACUUCCUGGACCAGACGCAGCACAAAGCCCUCGCAGUAGCUGUGUUUGGGCUGGUCUUCAGCAAGCUGUCUGUAUUGGUCCUGGCUCCAGAUCCCCUGCCCUUCUCCAAAGACACCCCUCAGGAAAUCAAAGAGUACAUGAAGAUCAUCGCCAUCUUCUACUGGCCUGCCCUGUACUACCCACUCCUGGCCUGUGGUACGCUCCACAGUAAACUGGGCUAUGUGCUGGGCAGUCUAUUCUCCUGGACCCACUUUGCUGUCCUCGUCUGGCAGAAGAUUGACUGUCCCAAAACACCAGAGCUGUAUAAGUACUAUUCCCUGCUGGCCAGUCUCCCACAGAUAGGCUGUCUAGGAUUCCUCUGUAUCAAGUACCCACUACUGUUUCUCAAAGGUGCUAAUGGCUCUGAGGACCUGGAGAGCAGCUACUACACAGACUACGUGAAAUUAAUUCUAAAGAAGAAAAAGUCAAACAUCAGCAGCAGCACGGCCAGUCUCCAACAGUUUGGGUUUAUAAAAGACACAGUCAAGUCCUAUAUCUACACACCAGAGAAAGUAUUCCGGUUUCCACUAAAGCUGGCGAUCUCAGCAUUUGUGUCCUCCAUAGCAGUUUAUCAGGUGGCGCUGUUGCUGGUAGUACUGGUGAUCCCCACCCUCCACAUAGUCCGUGCUGGUAUAGAUGACAAGUUCCCCUUCCUUCUGGAGGGCUUUGGUAUCGUCCUAUCAGAGGACAGAAUGGAGGUGGUCCAGAUAGUCAUUCACUAUACCUGGUGUCUGGAAGUGUGUUACCUGUGUGGGUUGACCUUGGCCUGUUCGCUCACCCUGAUCAUGCUCAUGAGGUCCAUGAUCCUUCACAGAUGGAACCUUCAGGGCUUGUACAGAGGAGAUAUUUACAACGUGUAUAAUUGCCAGAAGAGCAUCCGUCCGUCUCAGACAGGCCUAGUGUGUUGGAUGGGCUACAUUGGAUAUCAGGCUGCUGUCAUCUCUUUAGGAAUGGUCCUCCAGACUCUGGUCUUCUUCAUCUGUUUUGUGUGGUUGGUGUUCCUCAUCAUCAUCCCCAUCUUGUAUGGCCAGAACCUCAUACUCUUCCAGGUCGCUGCCAAGGCCUGGCCUGUGUGGGUGACGUUGAUACUGACUAUUACUCUACAACACGUGACAGCCAGGUUCGCUUUCAUCAAAAAGGAUGCUGGGACAAGAGACUUGAACAACAGAGGCAGUCUGUUCCUGCUUACCUACCUGCUCUUCCUGAUCAACAUUGUGGUGGGGUUGAUAGCAGCCAUCUGGAGGAUGGUCAUCACUGCCCUCUAUAACAUCAUCCACCUGGGGCGCAUGGACAUCAGCCUCCUCAACCGCGCUGCUGAAACCUACGACCCGGCUUAUUGUUACUACACCCACUACCUGAAGGUAGAGGUCAGCCAAUCCCACCCUGUGAUGAAGGCCUUCUGUGGGCUGGCACUGCAGGCUGCCUCGGCUGGAGGCGCUGGGCAGAAGAUGCGAGAUGCAGAGGAAGGGAUCCAGCUGGUGAAUCAGGAGAAGAGACGGGACAAGGUGGUUAACAGCAGGAGGGUGCGAGCACGCUGGCAGUUACUCUACACACUGGUCAACAACCCAUCUCUACUGGGGUCCAGAAAACACUACCAGCUGCAGCCCUCUGACAGCUUCGUGAAUGGAACGAACCGUAGCGGCGCGGCAGGAAGCAAGAAAGACGCCAGCAGCAAACCCCCCGCUGCUGGGGCAGGCGCUGCUACACCCUCCGCUGCCGAGGCAGGCGCUGCUACACCCUCUGCUGCUGCCACCGACGCUGCUGCUGCUGCUGCUAACUGA